UCCGACCCAAAACAAUAAACAGUCUUUUUUUCUGUGCUCAACUCAGUGAAAAGCAACUCCCCUUUCCUCAUCCCCUUACCCCAAAACCCAAACAAUUCUCAUCUCUUCCUCCUUUAGCCAUAGCCAUGGACUCUCUCACUCUCUCUACUUCCCUAUCUCCUCACUGUUCCUCCCUCAAUCUCCGACAUGGAAGCUCUAUUCCUAAGCUCCCGCCCACUUUUUGCCCUUACCCAUCUCGGAAAUACCCCUUAUCAUCUCUCAAAUCCUCACUUACUUCUUCUCACCAACAACCCGCUUCAAAAACCCCCCUCUCAGAUUCCCUAAUUCUAAACCCCAAUUUUGAAACCGGUGAGGAUGAUAAGUUGUCGUUGUUACUUGCGUCGGCCCCACAAACGCCGGAUACGGCCAUGCGCGGCGCUGAAGCCGACGCAAUGGGGCUUUUGUUUAGGGAGAGGAUUGUUUUCUUGGGUAGUCAAAUUGACGACUUCAUUGCUGAUGCUAUUAUUAGCCAGCUUUUAUUGUUGGAUGCUAUGGAUUCCUCUAAAGAUAUUAGACUCUUUAUUAAUUCUCCUGGUGGUUCCCUCAGCGCAACAAUGGCUAUCUUUGACGUUGUGAAGUUGGUGAGGGCCGACGUAUCCACAGUUGCACUUGGCAUUGCAGCUUCUACAGCUUCAAUAAUCCUUGGUGGUGGUACCAAAGGAAAGCGCUAUGCAAUGCCUAAUGCUCGAAUUAUGAUACAUCAACCACUUGGAGGUGCAAGCGGUCAAGCAAUAGAUGUGGAAAUUCAAGCCCGAGAAAUAAUGCAUAAUAAGGACAAUGUCACCAAAAUCAUUUCCAAUUGCACUGGACGAUCAUAUGAACAAGUUCAGAAAGAUAUUGAUAGAGAUCGUUACAUGUCUCCUAUUGAAGCUGUAGAAUAUGGGCUAAUUGAUGGUGUUAUUGAUAGAGAUAGCAUCAUUCCACUUGAACCUGUUCCUGAAAGGGUUAAGUCUACAUUGAAUUAUCAGGAAAUCAGCAAAGAUCCGAAGAAAUUUUUGAACCCAGAAAUCCCUGAUGAUGAAAUAUAUUAGCUGGUGCAACAGGGAUGGUGGCUCUUAGCUAAGAGGGCAUGCCCGAACAUGCAGCAUUAUUAUCAUCAUCCUGGAUAUUCUUUGUUGUAUAACUUGCUAGCAGUGACAGUGCGACCAUUCAAUAACUUUGGAUUUGCAGCUAUGGCUGGAAUGAAUUGCACUGAGUUUGAUAUUAAAGCCAUGCUUGGCAUUUGUUAUACCCUUCAAUUUCUGCUUAGUGACUAGUUUGUUUCAUAGUUUUUUUUCCCCUUUCUUCCUCCUUUUAGGUUAUUUUUACAAGAGUUGGGCGGUGAUGGAGGAGGGUUUAAUACUAUUGUAACGUCAUUUAAUGUAUUUCUCUUUCUCAUUUCUUCUAUGAAAAUGUUUAGCUGUUUGAUUCUGGCAGAAUAUUUUGACACAAUAUUGUUAUCUUCUUUAUUCUCAUGCUA